GAAGGGGGCGGCGGAGUCUCUCGCGGUCGUGGUCCGGGCUGCAGGAGCUGGUGUCAGGGUUGCCGGGCGUGCGAAGGCGGCGGAGGCGGGAAAGGCAGCGAGCGGUUAAAAGGGGGAGCGACCGCUGACUUGCAGAGGAGCUCGGGAUAGAGAUGGUGAUGGCGGCUAAGAAGGGCCCGGGCCCAGGUGGCGGGGUCGGAGGGAGCAAAGCGGAGGCUGAAGCGGCUUCGGAGGUCUGGUGCCGCCGAGUGCGGGAGCUGGGCGGCUGCAGCCAGGCCGGGAACCGACACUGUUUCGAGUGCGCCCAGCGCGGGGUCACCUAUGUGGACAUCACCGUGGGCAGCUUCGUCUGCACCACCUGCUCCGGCCUCCUGAGAGGCCUGAACCCCCCUCAUCGAGUCAAGUCCAUCUCCAUGACAACUUUCACUGAGCCUGAAGUUCUGUUCCUCCAAUCUCGGGGAAACGAGGUCUGCCGGAAGAUCUGGCUGGGUCUUUUUGACGCUCGGACAUCGUUGAUACCAGAUUCCAGGGAUCCUCAGAAGGUGAAAGAGUUUCUCCAAGAAAAAUACGAGAAAAAAAGAUGGUACGUCCCCCCAGAGCAAGUCAAGGGACCGUCUUACAGCAAAGGCAGUGUCUCUACCUCUUCCCAGGGCUCUGUCCCGGAAGGGAAGCCCAUGCGGACACUUCUGGGAGACCCUGUGCCUUCUCUCUCUGAUGCUGCUUCCGCUUCAAGCCAGUCUGUCAGCCAGUCUCAGGCCCACACAGCACAGGCCAGGAGCUCCCAGCCUCCUCAUUCAUCCGCCAAGAAAGCCAGCACCGACCUGCUGGCUGAUAUCGGCGGAGACCCCUUUGCCGCUCCCCAGGUGGCACCAGCCUUUGCCGCGUUCCCAGGCUUUGGAGGCCAGACUCCUUCCCACCCAGGCUUUGCCAACUUCGAUGCCUUCAGCAGCAGCCCUGGCUCUUCUGCCUUCGGAAACCUCCCUCCAUCCAUGCAAGGCCCGUUCCAGGCCCGGCCAGCCGCUGCAGCCAAUCGGAUGCUAACCGGAAGUUACAGCUUUGGGAGCAGCCAGAUGUCAACGUUUGGUGUUGCCCCUCUUGGGGCUGCCAGUCAGCCCAGCAGCCUUACAGAUGUGGGUGGCCUCCUGGGACCCGGGAUGGCUGCUGGAGGUCUCCCUGGCAGUGUUUUCAGGAUGCCCAGCCAGGUUCCUGCACUACAGUCGGCUGUGUCAGGUGUUAGCGGCAAUGCAGGGCUCACCUUUGGAGCCUUCACCAACCCCUUCGCCACCCCUGCACCACCCCAGCUGCCUUCUACCAACCCAUUCCAGCCCAAUGGUCUAGCCUCAGGGCCCGGCUUCGGGAUGAGCAGUGUUGGGCCUGGCCUCCUCCAGCCAGUGCCACCCACCGGGGCCUUUGCCAGUACCUUCCCUGCACCAAUGUUCCCCACACAGGCUGGGCUGACUGAACAACAGAAUGGCUCUUCCUUUGGCGACGUGGGGACCUCCACACUGGGGCAGAGGCCACUGAGCCAGCCAGCUGGGAUCUCUACCAAUCCUUUCAUGACUGGAUCGUCAGCAUUUGCCUCCAAACCUCCAACCACAAAUCCCUUCUUGUAGCACUGUGUUCUUGGGGCAAGAAGGGGGCUCUCCCUACUUGGGGCUGGGGCGCUGCCCCCUUAGAGCUCUAGUGACCAUUUGCCUGUGGGGCAUUUCUGUGGGUCUGAGGCUGGGGUUAGGCCUGGUUUGCAGGGUUUAGGGAUCUGGGAACAGGGGAGGUACUGACACACAGCUUGGGGCUUGUGGAUGAAUCAGACUGUUCUGCCGCCCAGAGGCUUCCU